ACAAAUAGAGAGAGAGAGAGAGAGAGCAUAUGCUUCUAUUACAACUUUCAUAAAAAGACUUUAAAGUUGAAACUUGGGCUCAAAAAAGUUGAAACUUGAAAACCAUCUCUUAUAUUUUCAUGCCCCUUCCCCACAUCCUUUGGCCACUGCACGGACAAUGAGUUUCAUUGAAGGAGGUGUGUGGAAAAGAAAAGGAAAAGAAGCAAUGGAUCAAACCCACCACAACAACGAGGCCACCAUCAUCAACAACUCAUUUCCUCAUGACACAAAGAAGAACAAGAAUAAGAAAAAAGAUCAUCAUCAUCAUCAUCAUGAAGACCGUGAAAAAACAAAACGGUUUGCUCUGGUGUCGUUUUGGGAGUUGCCAGAUUACAUGAAGGACAAUGAGUUCAUACACAAUUACUACAGAUCCAAUUGGCCUCUCAAGGAAGCUCUCUUCAGCAUUUUUCGUUGGCAUAAUGAAACUCUCAAUGUUUGGACGCAUUUACUUGGGUUCAUUUUAUUUUUGGGAUUGACUCUGGCGAAUUUGAUGGAAGUGCCUCAGGUUGUUGAUCUUCUUGGCUUCUUUACCAGGUCUAUGCUUAAUAGUGCUGAAACAAAUAUUUCUCAUAAUUCCAAAGAUUUCAUUGUAGAGACAACAAAACUCAUUGAUUUGAAGCAUGUAACAUCUCCAGAAAUGGAUAUUGCCACCGCAUCACGGUGGCCAUUCUUUGUCUUCUUGAGUGGCUCGAUGUUUUGCCUCCUCUCAAGCAGUGUUUGCCACCUAUUUUCUUGUCACUCUCACCACUUAAACCUCAUGUUAUUGCGAAUAGACUAUGUUGGAAUAACCAUUAUGAUCAUCACCUCCUUUUUUCCUCCAAUUUACUACAUAUUCGAAUGUGACCCUCUUUGGCAAUUUGUCUACCUUGGUGGUAUCACGGCAAUGGGCAUAUUCACUGUUGUUACAAUGCUUUCUCCUUCACUUUCAAGUAGCAAAUAUCGUGGAUUUCGAGCUUUUUUGUUCUCAUCCAUGGGGUUAUUUGGCAUUGUCCCUACAAUCCAUGCUCUUAUUAUCAACUGGGGUAAUCCUCAGCGCAAUACUACCCUAACAUAUGAGUUGGCCAUGGCCACAUCUUAUUUGACAGGGACAUUUAUUUAUGUUACUCGAAUUCCAGAGAGGUGGAAGCCCGGUUGGUUCGAUUUGGCAGGGCAUAGUCAUCAAAUCUUUCAUGUUUUCGUGGUCAUGGGUGCAUUGGCUCACUAUGGUGCCACUCUUGUUAUCUUGGAUUCCCAAUACACACUCAACUGUGAAAGGAUUAUGUAGUACACCUAUGUUAUAUGUGACCAUAACUUCGGUUUAUGCCUUGAUUCAUGUAGAUAGGGACAUUAUAUCAUCAAAUUGUGAGUGCAUAUUUAUCAAAAAAAAAAAAAAAAUUUGUGGGUGCAUAUGUAAUUUGGUUUAUAAGGAGAAUAUACUGUUAUUAAAGAUCUGAAUUAAAUUUAGAUCUGAA